AUGGCAAUAAACGGCUCUACGAAUGGGACGAAGAAGUCUAUCAGAGCCCCCAAUCCGCCUAUCGAGGAUAGUGUCUUCAAACAGUUCCGGCUAGAUGGAAAGACAGUCAUCAUUACUGGGGGUGCAGGCGGUAUAGGAUCAGAGAUCGCCAGGGGCCUCGCCGAAGCCGGCGCCAACAUCGCCAUCUGGUACAACAGCUCCAAAGCCGCAGUCUCCAUAGCCGCAACUAUUGCAAAGGACUUUGGAGUCAAGACAAAGGCCUAUCAAGUUGAUGUCACUAGCUACCCUGCCGUUGAGGCAGCGGUCGCGGAAGCGAUCAAGGACUUUGGUCGUCUGGAUGUCAUGAUCGCCAACGCCGGGAUCCCAUCCAAAGCCGGUGGCCUGGACGACAAGGUCGAGGACUGGGAUCGCGUGCGUGCAGUCGACUUUGACGGCGCGUACUACUGCAUGAGGGCGGCUGGGCUCGUGUUCCGCGAGCAGAAGAGGGGCGUGGGCAUCAUCACCGCAUCCAUGAGCGGUCACGCUGCGAAUGUGCCGCAAGAGCAGAGCUGCUACAAUGCCUGCAAGGCAGGAACCAUUCACCUGGCGCGGUCUUUGGCCGUCGAGUGGGCCAAGUGGGGGGGACGCAUCAAUUCAGUGUCUCCCGGUUACAUCGAUACCGUCAUCUCGGGCGAUUGUCCGUUCGAGAUGAAGGAGGAGUGGUUCAGUUUGACACCACUGCGCAGAGACGCUGAUCCGAGGGAGUUGAAGGGCGUUUACCUGUACCUCGCAAGUGAUGCUAGUUCCUAUACAACUGGGGCCGACUUCAUUGUGGAUGGUGGUUACACGGCACGGUGA